AAUCCUGAAAUUUCCCUUACAGUAUGCUGUUAACAAUUAUAUUUUUUCAAAGUCCUUUGGCAUAAUGACUGAUUAAAGGAAGUAUCUCCAAUAUAAUUACACUUGCUUAUAAGAAAAGAGUAUUUGAAACUUGAAGAAAAAAAGGUUAGACAAAUUUAUAAUGAAAUAUAAAUAAAUAUGUAUAUAUAUAAGGCAUUAUUAAUAAAUGUAUAUGAAAUAACUAUCAUAGAAUGAAAUUUAUUGAAGUAAAAAUACAUUCUAAAUUAGAAUAGGAAAGAACUUGGAAACUAUUGUUUAAUAAUAUGUUAUAUAAAUACAAAACUGUAAAUAUUACUCUUACGUUACUUAUUUUGGAAAGGAUAUGACACAAUGGGAAUUUUCAUGUUCUACUCCUAGGAUGAUAAAUCUGUACCAUCAUUUUGGCUGAGUACGGCAUUAUCUGAUUAAGAUGAAGGAUCACAUCCUAAACCCAGUAUUUACACUCUUAUCCGAAUACAUAUACAUGCACAUGCGUAUCACUGAGUUUCAAUAGCUAAAGUUGAGAAGUACUUGGAAUGUCUGUCAGUCCUCCAAAUGGAUAAACAAAUUAUGGCAUACUUAUACAAUGGAAUACUAUACAGUGAUCAAAAUUAACAAAGAAGACUGACAUGUUUACAACAGGAUAAUACAACAAAGAAAAUGAACAAAUUUGAGCUACAUAGAUAAUAAUACUCACAGAUGUGAAAGGAAUUAUCAAGAUGGAAAAAUACAUUUAAAAUAAUCUUUUACGUAAAGUUUGGAAAAAAGAAUUUUUAAUACAUUGUAAUUUGUUACAUUGGUGAUAAAACUACAGUGAAAUAUAUGAAUGAUCAUCAUAACAAUUGGGACAAUCAGGAGGGAGGAAAUAAAAGGGAAAUAUCAACAAGAAGACAUAUAUUGGGAGUAUCUGGAUUGCUGGCAAAUUCUAUUUUCUGACCAAGGUUUGGUAACAUUAAUGUUAAUGUUAUAAUUUUUUCUUACUGUUUUUAGGUUUUAUUACUCUCUGUAUGUUAGAUUCCCCAAUAAAAAAAUGUUAAAAAAGCAAAAACAUAAAGUACAUUUCUACGUAUAAAAUCAGGGUGAUACAGCAUAUUCUCAUAGAUACCAUUGUAAUUAGAGUUUUUGCUGAAUAAAGGAGAAUAGAGCAUUAUGGUACUAAGAAAUCCAAGUUAAAAUUUAAAACUUUUCUUUUUUUAUUUUGAGACAGGGUCUUGCUCUGUUGUCCAGGCUGGAGUGCACAAGUGCAAUUGCAGCUCAGUGCAACCUCUGCCACCCGGGCUGAAGUGAUUCUCUCAGUUCAGCCUCCAGAGUAGCUAGGACAACAGGCGUGCACCACCACGCCCUGCUAAUUUUUUCUGUUUUUGGUAGAGAUGGGAUUUUGCCAUGUUGCCCAAGCUGGUCUUGAACUCCUGUGCUCAGGGAAUCCACCUGCCUCAGCCUCCUAAAAUGCUGGGAUUACAGUUAUGAGCCACCACACCUGGCCCAAAAGUUUUCUUAAAUUAAUUAAAAAAGAAGAUAAGCAAGAACUGUAAAUCCACCUUCUUAUUGCUAAUAUGAAUUUGAAACAUCAAAAUUUGAAUAUUUAUGAUUGCUUGACACCUUUAUUCUUAUUUCCAAUUUAAUUAUUCAUAAUUCACAUUUCAGUGUCAGAAAGUCAUGAAUUUCCAAUAAACUAUAGUAAGAUGGAUAUUACAUAUAUAGACCUAUUAUCCUAAAAUGUGUCUCUAAAUGAAAUAUGUAUAUUCAUAUUGUUAGCAUUCUAAUUUCACAAUACUAUUCAUGUGUACACCUGCAUUUUGGGUUAUAUAUUUUGUUACUAUAUUUUUUUUGGUUCUGCAUUAGAGAAGAAAAAUCAUAGGCAAAUUUGUUAAGGUGUAAAACAUAUUUAGCAUGAUCUUUGAGUAUGUUUGUGCAUAUAUAAUGCUACUUUGACUGCUAGAGUAAGAUAACAGAUUUAGUCACCAUAGCUAAGAAUGUGAAAAAGCAUUUACAAGAAUUUGGCUUGCUAAUGAUGCUAUUAAAAGACGGAAUAAAAUUGAUAUGCUGUAUAUUGCAUAGAGUAUUUGUCUAUUUUCAUAUUGAAAACUGCAUAAAAAACCCCAAAAUAGAAUCCUAAUUGUUGGAGAUCACUUUUGCUAUGAAUUUUUAAAGUGUAAUAAAAUAAAAAAAGCAAAUAAAUCAUUGAAAAUACAUUGGUUUUACAUUAUUCUUGAUGAAAUACCACGUGAGGGUAUUUGCCUAGGCCUGAUGCUGAGAAUAAUAUAAGAAUCAUGAGGCCAUGAAGAAUAAUAAUAUUGUUCUCUCAUUACGUUGAAGUCUAGUACUUAAAAAACAAGACUGAAAUCACAUUUAUCAAAUAGCAUUCUCCCUUUUACCUGCCAUCAUCAUUAUCAUCAUUAUCUAUAUCCACGUCUAUCUCAUUAAAUGAUUUAUUUUUGAAAUAUUUAAACACAUAAUUUGGAAAAUAAGUAAUUUUAAAAAGAUCAUAAUUAUUGGAAAGUUACAGGAGUAAACAGCAAAGUUUAAGUCAAGCUCAAUACACUUAGAUUUAGAAAUUAAGUGUAGUUUAUUUUACAAUACAUUGCUUAAGCAAAUAAUUAUUUAUGGAUGAACUUAAACUAAUCCUCUUUUCACUAUGAUCACUAUGGAAACAAUUUAGAUUUUAAUGGAACUAAACCUCCCUAAUAAGAAAGACAAAGCAAAUAGCACAUUUUAUGAGCAAGCUUAUAUUUCUAAAGAGAGGGUUUUAGGACCAGAUUGUCAAACAGAGGUAAGACCUCAGAUCUUCUGUCACACUUGAGUGAGUGAUGAUGGAGUUUGAAGGUUAUAGUUCUAUAACCAAAACUAUAUUCACGGAUAGGGAUUAAAUGGUGGAAUUCCAUAGAAGCAUCAGAUUCAGUUUUGUUUCCAUGGGAAUAAAAGUUCUUCAAUGUUUGAUAAACUUGUAAGUACUGUUUUACUCUUUGAUCGUUUAAAGAUUGUUAUAAAUGAAGCCUUGAUUUCUGCUUAUAAAAACAGAGUAAAAUUUAAAUCGUGGAAUAGAAUGGUGGAGCUGCGGUUGAGAUACUAUAUUUUAUUAACUGUAAUGACAUUUUCAGAUCCAGUGCUGCUCACUGAGUUUCCCUAUAAGGUGAGUUUGUGGUGAUGACCCAGCAACAGACAAGCUACUAUCCAAAAAAAGCUACUCACAUCAAAUCAAUUUCCGGUUUCUUCCAAGUUGCAGGAGAAUGCCUAGACCAUGAUUUUAAUCUCUUCUGUGACCUUAGUAUUACAAAAAGAAGAAAAUUGUGACCAUUUUCAUGUCAGGUAUACUAAAAAUUUAUAAAAACUCCUUUUUAAAGAGCUUGUGAGUAGCUUCACUAUGCCUGGCUAACAUUUUCAUUUAUUGUAGAGGGAGUUUCGGUGUAUUGCAACAGGCUGGUCUUGAACUCCUGGGUGCUCCUGCCCCAGCCUUACAAAAUGUUGGGAUUAUGGGUGUGAGCCACCCUGCCUGGCCAAUAAAGAGACUUAUUGAAAAUAUUAAGUUGAAUAUGCAAGAAGGAAUACAAAUUAAUGAAAGUGGUAAAUAUGUGCAUAAUUGUAAAUGAAUGUUUACUGUAUAAAAUAAUAAUUUCUUGAGGGUGAUUAUAUAAUUGAUAAGACAUAUGCAAAUGGCAAAAGAUAGACUGGAGGUAAAGGUGACAGGAGUAAAUUUACUUGAAGUAGUUUUUGAACUUUUCUAUGUCUAUGAGGAGAUUUUGAACAAUGACCCUGUAAUUUUACCCAAAGGUGUAUAUACGGAGGAAUUGCAUCAAAUGAUAUAUGAAAGAAUUCUCUAGUAGAAUUAUUCAUAACUUCAAAAAAGAAGCUGACCAAAUGUACAUUAAGGAUGGGUGAAUCAUUACAUUAAUUCCAUGCAAUGGAACAAUAUACAGAAGUGAAAAAAAACCACAUGUACUUGCAACUAUGUGACUAAAUUUCAGAAACAUAAUGUUGAGUCCAAGAAGCCACAAACAACAAGAACAUGUAGGAUUGCACCUACACAGAGUUCAAAGCAGGCCAGACCAAGCGAUGGAGUUUAGGGUUGCAUACCUAGUUGGUAAAGUAUGAAGAAAAUUAAGGAAAUAAUCAAUAUAAAUUAUGGAUAUUGCUUAUCUCAGGAGAUGUGAAGAAGGGUUUAGGGACUUGGAAAGUGGCAUGGAGGUGGACCUAGGCUGUUUUCAGUGUUCCUUGCCUUGCUCCACAUAAUGGUUACUUGAAUGUUUAUGAUACACUGCGGUAUUUCCCAUUUUUGUUUUGGUUGAUUUCUAAGUGUGCAUUAUAAUUUUAACAUAAAAAGUUUUAAUUAGGAGAAACGUCUCAUAGAAAUUAUUAUUACUCGUCUCAUUAUAUACUGAGGGGAAAAAUAAACUAUUGGUAUACAUUCUUAUACAACUCUAACAGAGUUGAAGUAAGAACUUUCUUAUUGAGUUGCAACAUGAGGAAAUUUGAGAUGAUGUUAUUUGCCACCCCAGAUUUUUCCAGAGGAUUUCUUCUAGCCUUAGUUAUCCACCUCACAGGAACAAAUCUUUGCCAUUCCCCAUCUAUUUUUUCUUUUGGCUCCUGAAUUCCUGACACAACAAGGUUGUACAUAUUUCCCACACUCUUGGUUUAGCAGAGUUCUUUUAUCAGUUAUGUUUUUCUGCAAGAGAAACCCUUCAAAACUACAUUAGAUAUUUAUAUAUCACAUGGCUUUGGAUUUUGUUUUUCUAAAUGGGUUUGUUGGAUGGCUCUGGUGACUUGAGAUGGGCCAAAUUCUGCAUCUUGGAGGUCGUUAGAGUUUGGCCAAUUUAGUCUGGAUCAGGUGGGGGGCAAUCUGCCUUCAUUAGUUUCUGAUUCUCCUUCUGGGAACAGUGUACUAGCCAGGUGAUAUUCUCAUAGUAAAUGGAAAGAGGAAGAACACCCAGUAUGGAAGCCAUCUCAAAUUUCUAUGCAAAGUGUAUUAAUUUUCUGUUCAUCAACGUAAGUUAAAUGAUUGAACUCCAAGUUCAGGGGAAAGGUAGUCAGUCUUCGUGUGAUGGGAGGAUACUGCAAGAUUAUAUAUCAAAGGGUCUGGUACUCACGAAUACUUAUAAAAUUGCUGAACAUUUUAAUUAAAUAACAAAUAUUUAAAUAUUAGACUUGAGAGAAACUUUACCAAAGGCCUAAGAAUUAGAGAUAUGUUUGAUAAAUAAACAUUAUUCGUGGGCUGAAAACCUUGAGUGGGAAAAUAGGACUAAUUUCACCUGGACAACCUCCUGGAAACUGAUUUUUUAUUUUGGAAAUUAUGAGAAAAUAAUUCGUUCCAUUCAUAAGUGGUGUGCACAUGUAUGUGUUUGUGUAUUUAUGAGCUUGUGAAUAAUGAAGUUACACAAAAGUAUUAGCAGCAACCAGAUCUUAUGGAGUAUUGGCCUGCCUGUGGUUCUCAAGUAAAUCUUAGAUACUUUUGAUAAAAGAAGUUUGGAUUCUGUGUAUUUAAAUCUGGCAUUUAAAAAAGUCCAUAUUGGUGAUGAUCUUAGUUAUGAUCAAGCUCCCUUUAAGAUUUUAGACAUUUACUAUACGAUCUACAUAUCGGGUUAUAAAACUUCCCAAGCAACUGAAGUCGCUAAAGACAAAUGAUGGAGAGGUUACACAAGGAAAAAUUGCAAACACUGGAAGUGAACAUGUCCUUGUUUGCAUAUUAGCAAAUGAGAAUUCAGGUUUCAUGUCAAUUUCAGUAUGAAUAUUUCCAGCCUAUAACAAGAACAGACGGUGAAUGAGUCAGUUAAUUUGAAUUGUUUUGAAAAUAAGAAUGUUUUCCAUAAAGAGAGCAUUGAACUUAUCCAUUAGCAUGCCAUGGUGAUUUCUGACAUGACACUGGUCACAACAAUUAAAAGUAAAAAGAAUGUCACAGCACAUACACAAAUCAGGUGCAUAUACAAUUUAAGGUCAGGAUAUUCAAGCAAUCACAACCAGUGAUAUUACACCAGCAUUUACAAAAUUUCUUUUUGUCUGUUCAGACAUGAUAACUUUUCUGCCCAUCAUUUUUUCCAUUCUAAUAGUGGUUAUAUUUGUGAUUGGAAAUUUUGCUAAUGGCUUCAUAGCAUUGGUAAAUUCCAUUGAGUGGGUCAAGAGACAAAAGAUCUCCUUUGUUGACCAAAUUCUCACUGCUCUGGCGGUCUCCAGAGUUGGUUUGCUCUGGGUGUUAUUACUACAUUGGUAUGCAACUCAGUUGAAUCCAGCUUUUUAUAGUGUAGAAGUAAGAGUUACUGCUUAUAAUGUCUGGGCAGUAACCAACCAUUUCAGCAGCUGGCUUGCUACUAGCCUCAGCAUGUUUUAUUUGCUCAAGAUUGCCAAUUUCUCCAACCUUAUUUUUCUUCGCAUAAAGAGGAGAGUUAAGAGUGUUGUUCUGGUGAUACUGUUGGGGCCUUUGCUAUUUUUGGUUUGUCAUCUUUUUGUGAUAAACAUGGAUGAGACUAUAUGGACAAAAGAAUAUGAAGGAAACAUGACUUGGAAGAUCAAAUUGAGGAGUGCAAUGUACCAUUCAAAUAUGACUCUAACCAUGCUAGCAAACUUUGUACCCCUCACUCUGACACUGAUAUCUUUUCUGCUGUUAAUCUGUUCUCUGUGUAAACAUCUCAAGAAGAUGCAGCUCCAUGGCAAAGGAUCUCAAGAUCCCAGCACCAAGGUCCACAUAAAAGCUUUGCAAACUGUGACCUCCUUUCUCCUGUUAUGUGCCAUUUACUUUCUGUCCAUGAUCAUAUCAGUUUGUAAUUUUGGGAGGCUGGAAAAGCAACCUGUCUUCAUGUUCUGCCAAGCUAUUAUAUUCAGCUAUCCUUCAACCCACCCAUUCAUCCUGAUUUUGGGAAACAAGAAGCUAAAGCAGAUUUUUCUUUCAGUUUUGUGGCAUGUGAGGUACUGGGUGAGACAGAAGCCUUCGUCUCCAUAGAUUCACAAGAGGGGCAUUGUGUGUCUUCUAGCAGAAAACAAACUGGUGGUGUAUGAAACAUUUUAUAUUUCUUACUGGGUUUUCUGUAAUAUAUGUAUAUGAAUAAUUUCCAAAUGUAUACCUAGAAAAGUCUUUUACCUAAAGUUAGUCUAGAAAAGUAUAUAUAUAUAGAUGUGUGUGUGUGUGUAUGAAAAACUGAAGAACGUUGACAAUAACAUGCUUUUUAUUGUUUUUUGACAAAAACUGCCAAAUUAUAGACAAUAUGACAAAAAUUCCUCAGAAUUAUGAAGCCAUGUUUAUUUCAUACAUGUAUUUUAUAUUUCAUUUGCAGAAUUUAUAUCUAUUUAUAAUAAGAACUAACAGCUUAUCUCAGGAAAAAUAUUGCUCUUUUCUAUUGUUAUUUGAAUGACACAAAUAUACCACAGUGUGCUUAUAAUCUGUUGUUUUAACCUAUAACUUUCUGAUAAUAAGGUCAUUCAAUUCUUAAUCACCAAUGAGGAUGUAUCUUCAGGGUUUUAUUCCAUUAUGAAUUCCUAUUUUAUGUUUAGUAAAAAGCAAUCAGAAUUAUUGUUACAAAACAAUGAACAAAAUAAAAUUUGAGUGACAAGUAUACGUAGAGUAAAUUUCAUGUAUAUGUACCAUAAACAGUACUGAGGAAUAUUAGAUUUAAUACAAGUAUGUGAAUAGCUUAGGAAAAAAUCUCUGCUAUGAGAGGGAUGAAAAAUCAUGAUCAUGAUCUUGAUUGCUAUUAUCAGCCUCCAUAUGCAGUUAGAAAAGUCAUUUCUUCCAGCUUUUCAAUUAAAGAAAAACUUUUUUUGAAAUUGAGCUCUGAUGUAAAUUAUUUUGGUAUUUUUUAUAAAGCACUUCUAAGCCCCUGAAUUGCUAAUUAUAUCCUUAUCUUCCAUUUUUAAAAUUCCUUCUAAACUUCAGAUAAGAGAACUCCAAUCUUCCGUUUUCUAAAAAAAAUCUGUCAAUGUGAAAAUAGUAUAAAAAUUAUGGAAAAUAAUUCAGUGAAACUUUUUGUAAGUGUUAAAAUAGUAUCUAUGAAAUCUAUGUAUUAAUUAUGGGAUUUGUCCUAGUGUAAUUUUGUUGUCAAUGAUUAAAUGGAAUUGUCUUGACAUAUUCAUUAAUAGGAAGUUCUAUUAUAAGAAGGAAAUGUACAGUCUUGUUUACAGCUAAAUUCUGUAUGACUGUAUUAAUUCUUGGUGUUAUGAAAUUUUAACAAUGUUGUUCAGACCUUAAGAUAAAUCAUCCCCACACCUGAUUCAUGUAUUUUUUAGAAUCAUGUAUCUUCCUCAGUACAAUGUAAGAACCAUAAAAGAAGAGAUCGUGUCUGUCAGGCUUUCUGUUGACUCCCAGGACCUAGAACGCAGCACAAAGAAUAGAUGGUCAAAAAUGAUAUUUUAAUGAACAAAUAAAUGGGUGGAUAAAAUGGGUAAGGUGAUGUGGUAAACCAAUGAAAAGGAAACUCAUCACAAAAUCUGCAGUUGCAUGAGUUCCCCUGUUCUGGUCUCAGGUUAAGAUUACAGGCUUAUCCAAGCAGAAUCCUUCCUCAGAGGAAAAGUUUGGCUAUUCCACAAUUUUAGGGGAAAUAUCACAAUAAUAUAGUCUUGAUGCAGCUGUAUCAGGUGUCUGAAUUGGAGACAAGGUAGAACAUCAAAAUUAGAUGCCACUAUUACAAUAUUUUAAAAAAGCAUGUAAAAGACUUUGGUCUAUUUGCAUAAGUAUUUUUUUCUAUUGUGAAUUAUAUAUUUGUAUUAUGAUAUUUUCUAGUUGAUUAUCAUAUAAAAAUGGCAUUUCAAAAAAUUGAGUUAGUAACCAGCUACUUUACUAAAAUGUUUUUAACGUAAUACCUGAUAUUAAAGUGAUGACAUUUAUAUGGGAGGCCAAUUCAAGACAAAAAUGGCAGGGACAUGUGGAAAUUGAGACAAGAACCGAUGUGAAACAAUGUGUGGUGAUGUCUGGUAUGACUCUGCUGGCAGCCACUUCACAGUGAGGUGAGAGAGACAGCAUGGUGGUCAUCAGAUGCAUGCACUUGACUCCCAGAACUUUUCCAGAAGGGCUACAAAGGGAAACCACAGCUGGCAUUAGUCCAUGGAAGAGAGAGAGGAGGGAGAAUGUAUCUGCUCAGCUGUCGUAGUCUUCUGUUUCCCCUUGGGCAGGGUUUCCCUGAGUUAGAACUACCAUCUCUGUUGUUCUGUCUUACAUCAUCCAGUCCCUUGGUGGUGGUCAUGAAAGUCAGACCUCAUGCCCACAGUGUGGUGAUGCAUUCAAGUCCCAAAUGGAAGGAUGAUCUGGAUCAGGCAAGGUGCUGACCAGGGGAACAGGAGAUAGUGAAGGGAAUCUGAGAAAGCACAUGUUUGUGUCCAAUACCACCACUCCUUGUGCCACUGAGACAUGCUCAUACCCUCCAGUCAUGGCUGGCUUUAUGAGCCUAUGACUUGCACAGUUGUACAGGGUUUUGUGCUUAUAGGGGCUUGUGCUUAGAGGGACUCUGUGCUUGGAUUAAUGUUCUGCACUUGCUGUUUGGCUUUUCAGACAGAGUAUACUUCAGCAUUCCCUCUGCUGAAGAGGGAAUGGUCUUACACUAAUUCCAUAGGGAUUUGCUCUCCCUUCUCCUACAGGCUUGUCAGAGACGUGCAGAGAGUCCUAUAAUGCCCACUAUGCAUGCCUCUAGCAGCUUUGAAUUCCGCUGGAUCAUCUGGCACAGUGGCCAGAGCGGCUUGGACCAGAGCCUAUAUCUUCUGUAGAGCCCUCUUUAGUUCUGGGCUCCAUUUGAGACCAGUAGCCUUUAGAAACAUCGUUCGUGAGUCAGAGCAAUAUUCUCAAAUGUGGAAUAUGUUGUCUCCAAAAUCCCAGUAGGCCCCCAAAACAUAGUGUCUCUUUUGUAGUGAUAGGAAAUAUAUAGAGAGAGCAAAAUGCCGUUUACUGUAAAAAAGAUUGUCUCAGCAUGUGGACUAGGGACACUGAAAACCUUAAAACAUCACCUAUGUUGUCGGUCCCUGAAUCUUCUCUGAUUUAUCUAUUUUCUUCUGGUAUUUUACUUCUGCUCAAUGUUAUAAUAUUUUACUAUACUUAAGAAACUUGCCAUUUCCUGAUUAUUGUACCAACUAAUAUAUUAUUAUUGGUAUUAUUUUGAGACAGGGUCUCGUUCUGUCCCUGAGGCUGGAAUGCAGUGGCAGGAUCACAGCUCAUUGCAGCGUCAACCUUCUGGGCACAAGUGAUUCUCCCACUUCAGCAUUGCUGGCAGCUGGGACUGCAGGGGCACAACACCACGCCUGGCUAAUUCUGGUAUUUUUUGUAGGGCUGGGAUGUCACCGUGUUACCCAGGCUGGUCUCAAACUCCUGGGCUCAAGUGAUCUGCCUGUGUCGGCCUCCUAAAGUGCUGGGAUUACAGUCAUAUGCCACAGGGCCCGGUCUGUAAUAUUAUCAAUACAUUAAACUGGCAGGAUGUUUUAAAAAAUGUAAAUUAAACUGAGAACAGAAGUGACAUAGCCCUGACAUACAACAGUGAAGCAGUGCUAUUAUUCUUACAAGGCAAAUUGUUUUGAUUUUCCCUCAUAAUGGGUGUAGAUUAAGAACCAUUCACCAAAUCACCCGCCCCAUAAAAAGUACCAGAAGCUCUGCUCUGCUCAGUGAAGAUAGCACAUCCUGGAAAGCAUUUGUGAGUGUUGAUUUAAGUUUAUGGUAGUCUGCAUUCAUUCUAUAACCCAUCUGGUUUUGGUAGAGGCCACAUAGGUUAAGUGAAUCGGGUUAUGGAAAGGACUACCAUCCCCUGUAACUUUCAGGUGUUUUGUCAUGACAGUGACCGGUUCCAUUCCUUAGGGAAUGCGAUUAUAUUUUAUAUAUUUUGUUGCCAGUAGAGGAGAAUUUCAGAGGCUUUCCCUUGGUCCUGCUAUAAUAAUGUUCCUUACUCUACAGUUCACGAAGAAUGUGAGAGUCCUGCCAGCUGCCAUACGUAUCCAUUUCAAUUCAGGAACAGGUAAUAACUACAAACUGAUUAGAUCCACCUUGGGAUGGACAUGAGCCGAAGCUCUAGGUAGCAUCUGACCUUCAAAACUCCCACUGCAGGCUGGAUGUGAUGGCUCAUGCCUGUAGUCCUAGUACUUUGGGAGGCGAAGGUGUGAAGAUCCCUUGAGAGCAGGAGUUCCCUGUGCAUCAUAUGGAAACUCCAUCUCUACAAAAAAUUUAAAAAAUUACCUGGCAUGGUGGUACAUGCCUAUAGUUCCAAAUACCUGAGAAGCUGAGGCAGGAGGAUUGCUUGAGCCCAGGAGUUCCAGGCUGCAGUGGGCUAUGAUCCUGCCACUGUACUCCAGCUUGGGUAACAGAGGGAGAUGCUGUCUCAGAACAAAAAAAAAGGUGGAAGUUCUCACUGGUGUCAAAUAUCAAGAAAAACAGGAUCAAAUCAAUAAUUAACAAUCUUUGGUUCCUGCUUAUAGCAAACAGGUAAAAUUGAAAGUAGUUACAGAAAUAGUAUAUUAACUCCUAACAAAACUAACCAAAGAAAGUUUUAUUAUCAUCUCCUUUUUGUUGUUAUUUUGAGACGGAGUCUCGCUCUGUCUCUCAGGCUAGAGUGCAGUGGCGUGAUCUCGACUAACUAUAACCUCCGCCUUCUGGGUUCAAAUGAUUCUCCUGCUGCAGUCACCGAGUGGCUGGGAUUAUAGGUGCGUGCCACCACCACCUGGCUAAUUUUUAUAUUUUUAGUGGAGACAGGGUUUCACCAUGUUGGCCAUGCUGGAUUUGCACUCCUGACCUCAGGUGAUCCACCUGCCUUGGCCUCCCAAAGUGGUGGGAUUACAGCCAUGAGCCACUGCGCCCGCUUUUAUACUGAGGCAGGAGUAGUUGGAAAAUGGAGUCUCAGAGCAUAGCUAUACCAAGCAGGGAAUAUGGUUUCCUGUCCUGGCAGUCUGACUCCAAGAUCCCCUCUUAGAAACAGUUAUGCUAUAAAAACUGAAAAGAAACAAAAUCCAGGAUUGGAGACUGAUUUUAACAUCUAUUCAUCAUAAAUCAAUAAGUAAUCAAAAAUAGAGAAAAGUAAAAGUGAAUAUUCAUACACAGAGAAGUGUAAAUUCUUCUAUGGAAAACAUGUUUUUUUAGUGC